CACUUUGCUCCCUCUCAGCGAGCAAAGUGCAUUUCUGCCCAUUGCUCAAAAGUUUGGAAAGGCGUCUGUAGACUGUAGAAUGAGGAUCUGGUCCUCUGGACCAUCCUUUUGCUUCAACUUCAAGGAAAUUGGUGGGACUCCCGUUCUUUGAGCUCUGAAGACUCUGAUGCGUCGUUGGCGAUGCUGAGAAGCGUGUGUCGCAGAGUCCAAAGCGCGCAGUUUCUUGCCACAAUUCUGCACCAAAUUGGCACUGCGCCAAUGGGUAAACGUAAGCUUGCGAUGGCUGCCGAGACUCCUUCCCCGCCCGCUUGCUUAUUAUCAAGCGUUGAUGCUGAUACUGUCUUGCCCAGGGGAAAGAAGGUCAGAGCUACACGGGUACGGCAGUCAAUCAGCAGCUCAAGUCUUGAUCGAGUGGGGCUCCCUCUUCAGGCAGUUCCUGCCGAGGUGAAUCCCACAGUAAAAAGGGAGCGGCAUAUUGUUGCUGAAGCGGUCAUUCUUGAUAGUGUCAGCAAGCGGCUCUUCCAAAGCGAGUGGACGGUGAAAGCGAACUCUGAAGGUGUGGCGGCACUGGAAUUGCGUGUCGAUGAUGAAGCGGGAGAGCCGCUGUUAGCAGGUGCGGAAGAAGGAGAGUGGUCAAGCCUGGGGGUGGGGAGAGAUGAAUUAGAUUUGUCACUUACAUUGCCCACUGGUCAAACUUUCAGGUGGCGCCACACCGAGGAUGGAUCUUGGACUGGCGUUGUUGGCAAUCACAUUGUCUCUCUCCUCCAAACACAAAGUGACGUGCUCUUCCAUAUACACCCCCCCACGCUACCCCCUCAAACCCCACCCCCCUUGAAGAAACGAAAACCGGGGCGAUCGAAGGGAUCCCUCUCAGCCGGCGUCGCCAAUGUCAGCCAUAUUACGCCCCUAACAGAAAACGAUCGAGCACAGGUUGCUAAGGAGUUGAGAGCUUUUCUGAAUCUGGAUGCCGCCAGACUGUCAGACCUGUAUAAGGGCUUCUCGGCGGCAGACUCCAGGUUUGCGUCACUCGCCGCGCACCUAGGGGGGGCGCGCAUGCUGCGGCAGGACCCCCUGGAAUGUCUGUUUUCGUUCAUCUGCUCGUCAAACAACCACAUCAGUAGGAUCACAGGUAUGGUAGACCACCUGUCCCGGUAUGGCGACUGCCUGGGCAGUGUGAAUGGGCACACGUUCCACAAGUUCCCAACUGUCGAGCAGCUGAGAGCAGCGGACGAGGACACGCUUCGAGCGGCGGGUUUUGGAUACCGUGCCAAGUUCAUCGAAGGCACUGUCAAGGACUUGUUGGCGAAGCCAGAAGGCGGCCGGCAGUGGCUGCUGAACCUGCGGAACGUCUCUCUUGACGAGGCCGUUGCGGAGCUGGUCACGCUCCCAGGGAUCGGGCCGAAAGUUGCGCGCUGCAUCGCGCUGUUCUCGCUGGACAAGCACGAGUGCAUACCAGUAGACACGCACGUGUGGCAGCUCGCCAUACGGUACUACACCCCGGAGCUGGAGGGAAAGUCGCUGACGCCCCGGGUGCAUCAGGCCGUUGCGGACGCCUUUGUCAAGGUGUUCGGACCGUAUGCUGGCUGGGCCCAUAACGUCCUGUUCAUUGCUGAGUUGGCAUCCAUGCGGGCGCGCCUUCCUUUGCACUUGCAUCCUCCAGAAACACCGAAGAAAGCAAAGAAGGCCGCGAAAGUGUCGAACGUGAAGUUCGUGUUAAAUACCGAGCCCCCAGCAGCGAAGGGGGAGGUAGAGAGCGUAAACGUUGAUUCACCAACCCGUAGCAAAACGAGCAAGACGACAAAGAAACGUUUUGUAAGGUUGGCUGUACGUCCUCCAUAUGCCGGCAUAUCUCCAUGGGCGCGCGCACUUGUCAUGACGAAUGCAAGCUGA